AUGUCAAGCUAUCCAGGAAGCAGUAAGGGAAAAGGGCCCAAAAUUCCCCCGCCACCAAUUAAAUAUCAAAAGUCUCAUAAAAAUAUGACAUUCAUAUUCGCACCCGACAGUCAUGUUUUUAAAAAAAGUCUAAUUGGUGGAGAGGACAACAUCUUGGAGGGAAUCUUGCACUUGAGUUAUGAAAAGCCCACUCAAGUAAAAUCCAUAAAUCUCAAUUUAAAAUGCAUAGAGAAAACCACAUUAUAUGAAUCUCUAGGAAGAGCGAAUACACUCUUUACUGGUGUUCACGUUCUGAUCGAUAAGAUGGAAAAAAUUUGGGAAUCCAAAGACGAGAAGUCUGUUGGAAGUUUGGAUAUUCCGUUCAGGAUUUUACUUCCCGAUGACCUUCCCGAGGCGAUUAGCGCCAAGUAUGGACAAGUCAGUUAUGUGCUUAAGGCCAUAGUUAAUCAGAAAAGUUUUUUGGUCGCAUCGACACAAACAGUGGAAAUUUUAUAUCCAUUGAAAAAAUUAAUCCUGGACAACACCAGUACAUCUUACUAUAAAUUACGCGGGGAAUCCAAAAAUGGAAUGGAAUACUCAUUUGAUCUGCCACCUAACAAGAUCUUUAAUAUUGGAACAUGGGUGCCAAUCCCUAUGAGAAUUAGACAAGCAUGGACUUUCGAUUUGAAAAAACCAAGGAGUACGACGCGUCAAUUUAGUGAAAAGGCCAUUUCCAUGUUGAUACCACGUCAAGAUAUCAUUUAUCUGCAACCCACUUCCCAUCAUUAUCAUGGGGAAUGCGUCACCACGAUUGACUUUACCGUCCCACAAAACCUACAGCCCUCGUAUGAGGGUCGAGUGAUAAGUAUAACACACCAUUUCUACGUAAGAUUUUAUCUGUGGGAUUCGGAGAAAGAUUUCACGGUUGAAGAGAAUGUUACUGUUGCGUAUAUUCAUGAACCAAUCUUACCAUCGCGAGUUGGGACACCUAAUGGUUCACAAUAUCAAAUCCACCUCAUGAAUUACUCACCUUCCCAUAUAACUCCACAGAGCAGUGGGAAUUAUACCAUUGAAGAGGAUCCCGAUGAAAUUAGGGUUGCAACUCCAAUCGGUCAAUCUUCCACCGACAAUGGAUCCCUAUAUAUAUUUGAAGAUCCAAUUCCUUAG